CAAGCCCUCACACCCUCACGCCGCUCCUCCCGGUGCCCAGCCUCGCCCACUCGUUCGCUCCGCUAGAAGGCCAUGCUGGGCUUGGCACUGCUGUCGUUCUGCGCCGCCGGCUGGGCGGCCGCCGCGCCCCACGACGAGGAUCUGCGCGCCAGCGUCGUCUUCAACCAGCUGGCGAUCGCCCAGGUGCUCGAGAACCUCAGCAACAUUUCUCAAGGUGACGCCGCAGUGACCACGCAGCUGGCGCAGUUCUCCCAGAGCCAGAGGGCGCAGAUGCAGCAGACGAACGACGGCCUCGCUCGAGUGACAUCCACCUUAGAAAUCCUCUCCCAGGCUCUGACGUCACACCUGCAGCAGGAUGACGUCAUAAACCGAGGUACUUUCAUGCCAAGCGAGUUAGUGGAAAGAGUGAAAGCACAAGAGAACGAAAUGCAACAACUGUUGCAAAGGAUAAACCAAACUGCAGCCGUCAUUAAGCAGCUUGAAGAACAAAGUCAGCAACUUCAGAAUGAGGUCGACCUCAGACGUCAUGAGGUCCAGCAAAAGGAGGACUUGAUUGGGCAGCUCAAGGCCAGCAUUCGGAGAGUGAAGGAUGAGACCCUGCAGAUUUUGGCCAAAGGCAACGACGCAGAAGGGGAGGCCUCCCUUCAAGCAAAAGCACAGGCCCUCAAGGACGAGCUGGCGGGGGAGAAAGCACUGCACACUCAGAAACAGGCAACCAACACCCGGUUAGAGCAACAGGUCGCACAGGUAGAAAGCGACAGCGAUGUAAUCCGACAGGAAUUGGCUCAGCUGGACGAGGAUAUCGAGCAGCUUCAGCAGCGAAAGACCUCGGCCGAAGGAGACAAAAAGGCUCAGCUGGAAAAGAAGGCCAACUUAAGGCAAGCCAAAGAAGAAGCACUGGCAGCAAACACCAGCAUCCAGACAGUGAUUGAUCAGCUGACUGGAAGGAUCAGCAAUCAAGAAGCUGAAAAGAAAGUGUUGGAACAACAAAAGAAAAAUAAGGAAGAUGCGCUUGGUGCUCUUCGAGCGUCACUGGCGUCUCUGAACACCAAGAAAGAAGAAGCAGACGAAAGAUUGUUAGAUAUGGAAGAAGACAUAGAUUUAUAUUGUGAUUUUUAGCAGUUUGUUUAUUGUGCAGUACAAGAGGAUCAAGAAAUACUGUGUGGGUAUACCAGGUGCCAUAAUUGGUCCAUGGAGGUGACAGUGAAGUGCAGAGACCCUGAUAUUAGUUAUAAAGGGGUUCAGGAAUGGAUACGGACAAUAGGUAUAAAGACAGUAAAAGUUCACAGGGGUCACAGUAUAGUGCAAGUUCUUAAUUUUGAUUAUAUAAGUUGUUCAGUAGGGCAUGAGAGCAUUGGGUACCAAGACAUUGAAAGUUCUCUGUGAUCAUUUUUAUCGUUUACAUUUAGUACAGUGAUCAUGGUUCUUUUCUACAGACCGUAUUAUCCAGAGCAUUAAUAUUCAAGGUUACAAUUUGUGCAAAGCUGUUUGCUUCUCCUUGUUGAUCUACUAAAUUCGAUAUGAUACGAGAAAGUAAAGAAGGCGGUGAGUUCAUUCUUCAAACGGAAAGGCCAAACUAUUAGUGUGAUACACAUUUGUACAUGUCUGAACAAUUUUCUCUCAACAGAGUUCCGUAGCUGCAGAAACAUCAGCGAAGCUUUGCAGACAAGGAUCGGCCU